CCAGAUACAAGUUCGCUCUCAUUUCUGAGAGUACAACAACUGGUGAACAUCUGAAGUCUGAGCUUAGGAACUAGAUACUAUAAAGUCUAACUCAGGACAGAUAGCAUUUAUCUGUUUGUUGCUAUUAAAAAAAGUGCCAAAACUAACCGUGCGUAAUUACGCGUAACAACUAGAACAAUGAAUGCCACAACCGCUAUGGAAGUGAACGCCGAAGCAAGACGGAUCCUGGCCGUGUCGAUAAGCAAGCUGUACGCCUCCAGGAGCCAGAGAGGCGGGCUGAGACUCCACCGGAGCCUCCUGCUCUCCAUGGUCAUGAGGUCUGCCCGGGACAUCUAUCACUCCUCCCGGGAAAUAGAGGGGCCGAGCGGCGCGCAGCCAACUCCGGAGCCAAUGGAGACGAGCUCCAGCCCGGGGGAACAGACUGUGCCAGAGCCUCAGCCAGAGUUCCAGACCUCAGAGGAACCGGAAAGCGGAGACGAGGGGUGUGAUGGUGAUAUCACGGAGGACAAAGAGAACAUGAGCCCCACCAAGCAGUCCAGGAAACGCCGGGGAAAGGCGGCGGCGGCGCCUGACUUCCUGCCCAGCAAGAGGGCGAGGCUGGAGCCCGGGGAGGAGAGGUACGCGGCACCCAGCUGCCGAGCCGGGGAGUCUCUAAGCGCUUUGUCUCUGAAUCUAAACCGGGCGAUAUCUGCCUUCUGAAGAGACAAAACAGUCUCCAUUGGAGUGGAGUGAUUCUGAACUUUAAUUAACCAAAAAAGGGUGGUUUGACCCCCUUUUACGCACCGAAGAGCUGAGCUACAUCGCCGGUCCCGGGACAGAGGGAUUACCCGGGCAAUAGUGCGAGCUCUCCGGCUGAUGUGACUGACCCUGCCGGGCUGGCGGAGCCCCGGAGAAGGAGAGGGACCAGGCCCGAAGGAGCACAGGCUGGGAAAGUUUGAGGAAGAAACUUAACGGUUGUUUUUUUGUUUCCUGGUGAUUCACACUGAACAUGAGUCUAAACAAGAGACAGGCGCUGACUCAAAGUGUGUGAAUGUGUGAAUCAGCACAUGAGUCACAGAACAAGAAAUGAUCUCAUAACGACAUAAAGACUUUAGGGGAAUUUCCUGCCAAACAACUAAAAGAGGAAGGACUUACACACACAUUCAAAUGCUGCUGUGGACUUUGGUAGAUCGAUACUACUGCUGUGGGGCUUUCCUGUGAUCACGUGGUGCUUUGAGAACAACAACAGGCUGUCCCACAUGCUGUCGGAACAAGAACUGUCUGUGUUUUAAUGUCACUGAAAUGUUAAUGUGUCAUAUCUGACAGGUGAACAAUAUGAUAACCUCACAUUCAAAGCUGCUUUUUUACCUGAAUGAUGAAUUAAUGGUGUGAAUAUUUGUAAUAAACACAUUCAAAGGUA